CUCUCGGCAUCACAUCAUGUCUUUUCCAAUGCUUCUGUCUAGUGUAAAGGAAGCGUGCUCGCACUCGCAAAACACCGCUCCUCUAACGAACUCUUGCCUGUAAACAACCCACCCCCAUACACAGAGUAUGUCAGAGUGAGCAAUAAGUACAGCAAAGACCCUCCCCCUCCCCUUGCCUUUUUGCCCAGCCACGACCCGGUUCAAACACCUGCGAAGAGAAAUGCGCCGCCCACCCAGCAAAAAGAGGGAUAUCUACGAAACAGUUGUGUGUGCAACCAGCCCUUCCCGCGCCGCCGACAUCCGCCUCUCCAACCACCAAUCGGUGCACCACCCAUCAUCGACUAAGCAAGCAAUGUGUUCCCUCCCCCCACUGUCCAAAGCAAGCCCAGCAGCCAAACAAACCCCCCUACGCCACCCCAUGGUCAGCGGAAUAGAUCCGAGUUGAUCUUGACGCGAGAAGGAGAGAGAGCAUACCGAACUCGGUAUCACCCCCCCCUCCUCCCCCCCCC